AUGCUCCAAGCCACAACGACAGUAGCAGCUGAAGAUGCUGAUAAUGCAGAAGUGCCCUCCUCGGCCCCAACUGGAGAACCUACAAACUUGGCCCUUGUCAUGGAGGCUCCUGAUGCAGACCCUUCCUCUGCUCCUCUCAUUUCUCAAGACGCCGCCCUUGCUGUCGUGGAGCUACCUCAUGACAAUGCCGAUACCCACUCAUCUAGCAACAUUGAGGAACUCUUCGGGGAUGGAGGGAGUAGCGUCGGCGAGGUGCCGAGGACAAGUGUCGAGAAUGAAGGGUUCCAAUGA